GAAUUUACAACUUUACGAUCUAUUGGAUGAAAUGAAACAUGUAACCAUACAAAAUAUUAUCGUCCUUUUAUGCACGUAAGAGUGAAUUAAAUAAUUCAGUUGGGAAUACAAUUUACGCGCGUGCCUUUAAAUAUCUUUACGAAUCAUUAACUGUAGUUGAAAAUCAUGUAGAGCUAGGUUAAGCCCACUCAUCUCUUUGAAAGGGCUGCUAUAUACACGUCCAAGUGGUAAACACGUUAUCAAAAGUAAGCAGGAUACUAUCGGACAGUGAAGAAAAGGGAAUUUACAAUGGCUUCACAGAAGACUCUUCUUUUGCUCGUAGUUCUAGUCAGCGCUGCAUUUGCAGCACGUCAAGCGUCUGAUGUGAGAAGAGGUAAAGGUCAAGGUAAACCAAAACAAAACCAACGAGUCGGUGGAUGGACCUCGGUUGACCAAAAUGAUGAAACCGUUCAACAACUAGCGCAAUUCGCCGCUGGACAGAUUUGCUCCAAUUACGUCGUAGAUGCUGUAGAAAAAGCUGAAAAACAAGUUGUUGCAGGUAUGAACCAUCGCAUGGAUAUCCUAGUUUCCAAGGCAUGGAAAUGCAAAGUAGAAGUGUUUGAGCAGACCUGGACGAAUACGAAGAGGUUGACGUCGUUUGCCUGCAAAUCCGUACCGUAACUGGAUGACGUCGGAAUUGGUUCAUUGUAGUUUGUAUGACUAUAUAUCAAGUAUAAACCUUUCCCUUUGAUUUCUUGCCUUUUACCGACAUUAUUUGUUAUAGAAAUGUUCAAUGUUCUAUUGUUUAUAUAUUUUUGUUUUGGUAUUGGUUUGUCGCUUGUCUAUAGACAUGAAAAGUAAUGUUGAUGUUGCAUUAAUAUGUGCACUGGUUUGUUUUAUUUAAUAUUUAGGUCUUAUAUUCUUUCAUAAAUCGCUGGAUUGUUCAUUAACACUAAUAAUGUGUUGCUGCAAUAAAAUUUAAACGUCAUAGUCCUUAAUAAUUCAAAUGUUUUGUCUAAAAGUGUUUAUUAAUUAUUGCGAUCUGAUUAAUUGUUCAAUAAAUAUCGGCCUAAGUCCUUCCGUUUACAUUGUUUUGAAAGAUUCAUCAUGUUUAAUGCCAGCAAUUAAAAAUAUAACUCAUCAUAUUUUUGAACGAAUAACUUAUUAUAUUUUUACGUUUUGAAUGAACAACUUAUAUUCCGUUCUUUUUCAUUAUUCAAUAUUUGAGGCAUCUGCAUCUGCUGAGUAGCAGCUAACCUGACUUUCACGAUUAAUAUGUAUUAACUGAUAACAUGUACAUUGUAUUGGAAAUAAUAAACUAUAUUUACCUUA